GACACUUCCGAUUGCAGAGAACUCAGAGACAGGGAGCCUUUUAUCUUUUGGUGCUUGUAUAACUUCUCUUUGGCUCUUAUCACCGUAGUAAUUCAAGGACCAGAUGGGAGCGCAGCUGCACAGGCACACAGCUAGCUAGCACGUCGACAGUAGCGAGAUAGAUCAUCAUAAAUGGUAGAGCUUCUGUAGCUUGUAAACACACGAUCAUGGCACCACAUUCCCCUUUGACGUCAACGCACCGACACACGCCUUACACCUCGCAGUGUCUUCCGUUGUCCUGCGCGAUUAGUCUUUUAGUCCCUGUCCUCUUCUUCACCUGCCUUGUCUUUUUCCUCCCUCAUAGCCUGCGCUUCUUUGCGCUGCUGUCACGCCUUCUUCCUUUUGCUUCCCCCUACCCCCUUCACCUUCCCUUCCACUAUAUUUUCACCCAACGUGCCCCCUUCUGCUCAAUUGGUGAACAUUCAUUAAUUUUCAUCAUCAACAUCUCUGUUUUUGUUCUCACUGCCACCGGAAGACCGUCAUUACCCUUCGGCGAUUCCUGUUCUCUCAAUAUUUCGUCUUUGAUGUGUGUUUGUUCUAUUCCUUUUACCUGCCUUGUGCCAUCCAUUUAAUUGUCAAACCAGGAAGAAUAUUUACUCGCAUAGAAAUUUUAUCAAACAAAUCCACAAAAAAGUCUAGCGAAUCCUGCGUCUUUUCAUUGUGAUUGAGAAAGUUAUGAGGUGUCCGGCGAGAUGGCAACGGGCGUCAGCUAAAUGAAGGAUAGGCAGCGGUGGAAAGCCGAGGAGGACGCCAUAUUGUGUACGUACGUGAACCAGUAUGGGCCCAGGGAGUGGCACCUCGUCGCCCAGCGCAUGAACGUUGCCAUUGACAGGGACGCCAAAUCCUGUUGGGAGCGGUGGAAGAACUACCUCAAUCCUGGCAUCAAGAAAGGGUCGUUGACAGAGGAGGAGAAGCGCCUGGUCAUCCGCCUGCAGGCCAAGCACGGCAACAAGUGGAAGACGAUCGCCGCUGAGAUCCCCGGGCGCACAGCGAAGCGGCUUGGCAAGUGGUGGGAGGUGUUCCAGGAGAAGCAGCAAAGGGUGCAGCGGGAGAGCGCGAAGUCCGCCGCCUCCGCAGCCGAGCCCGGUAAGUACGACCGGAUCCUCGAGAGCUUCGCGGAGAAGCUGGUCAAGGAGGAUCACAUCGUGCCGCUGCUAAUGACCACGCCGUUCCUCCCGCCGUGGCUCUCGAACAAUGGCGCGGCCGGUGGCUACAGAUCACCGCCUUUGCAGUCGCCGUCUGUUACUCUAACGCUAUCGCCAUUUGUUGCCCCUCCUCCCAGGCCAUGGCUUCAGACUGAGAGGGGAGCAGAAGGUGGCUUGGGUUUGGGUAACUCGCAGCAAGGCAUCGACGGACGCCGUAUCAUGCCGGAGCUGGUAGAGUGUUGCCGGGAGUUGGAGGAAGGGCACGUGGCGUGGAUGGAGCACAAAAAGGAGGCAGCUUGGAGGUUGAAGCGGCUGGAGCUGCAGUUGGAAUCGGAGAAGGCGGGCAAAAGGAGGGAGAUGAUGGAGGAGAUCGAGGCGAAGGUGCGGGCGCUGAGGGAGGAGCAGAAGGUGGCGCUGGAGAGGAUCGAGGUAGAGUACAAGGAGCAGAUUGCCGGGCUGAGGAAGGACGCCGAGGCAAAAGAGCAGAAAUUAGCAGACCAGUGGGCCGCAAAGCAUAUGCGGCUGAGCAAGUUUCUGGAGCAGCUGGGCGGCCGCCAGUGGCUGCCGGCGGAGAUGAACGGUCGGUGAAGAGAAAAACAUACCGGCUUUACUUUCGUACGGGUGUAUUAAUUGCUCGCGCCUUCUCUUCCACAUAGAGCGAAGCCCAAUUCUAUCUUCAGAAGAAGUGUUGCUGAUGAAUCAUAGAAUGCUAUACUACUCUUUUGCUUCAUGAUUAGAACAAGGAAAUCUUUCGCCUCAUCAAUCUCUUAAUAAACAAACGGAAUUAGUUCCAACCAA